GGCGCAGCGUCCUCGAGGCGUUGCGCCUGCGCAGUGCGCCGAAACGGAGGCGAGGAGACCUUCAGCUUGACAAGGAGGGACGGACGCAGGCAGAGAGGCGCUCUUCCUGAGGUGUACAUAAGAGCUAGAGGAGAGCCCUUCUGUAGGUUCACGUUGAGAAGUAAAUGGUUUAGGAGCUAAAUUGUGAAAUAAGAAGUCUGCAACCAUGUUCGGCUGUACUCCUAGAGCCCCAGACCCCAUGGCUGUCCCACCUCCUUACUGUGACCUGGGGAAGUCUGCCAGGGACAUAUUCAACAAAGGAUAUGGGUUUGGAAUGGUCAAGUUAGAGUUGAAGACCAAGUCUUCCAGUGGAGUGCUGGAAUUUACCACCAGUGGUUCCUCAAACACAGACACAGGCAAAGCUUCAGGCAGCCUAGAGACCAAAUAUAAAUUCAAGGACUAUGGCCUUACGUUUGCUCAGAAGUGGAACACUGACAACACUUUGGGGACAGAGAUUACCAUGGAGGAUAAGUUGGCUGAAGGUCUGAAGUUGGGCUUUGAAACCAUGUUUGUACCAAACACAGGGAAGAAGAGUGGAAAGUUGAAGACAUCCUACAAACGAGAGUAUAUAAAUCUAGGUUGUAAUGUUGACAUUGACCUCUCAGGACCAACCAUCCAUGGCUGGGCUGUAUUGGGCUAUGAAGGCUGGCUUGCUGGGUAUCAGAUGGCUUUUGACACAGCCAAGUCCAAGCUGUCACAGAAUAAUUUUGCACUGGGAUACAAGGCAGCCGACUUCCAACUGCACACGAAUGUGAACGAUGGAACUGAGUUUGGUGGCUCGAUCUAUCAAAAAGUGAGUGACAAAGUCGAAACAGGUGUAAAUCUUGCUUGGACUGCUGGCAGUAAUAACACUCGGUUUGGUAUUGCCACCAAGUACCAGCUGGAUGAUAACGCUUCUGUCUCGGCCAAAGUUAACAACGCCAGCCUCAUUGGACUCGGCUACACUCAUACCCUACGGCCUGGUGUGAAGUUGAGUCUCUCAGCUCUGAUUGAUGGCAAGAAUUUCAGUACUGGCAGCCAUAAAAUUGGGCUGGGAUUUGAGCUCGAAGCUUAACAUAAGUGUUGAUGAAGUAUUAGAUCUUUAUUUGGAAGAUGAAGGAGAACGAAAACCCCUCCCACAUGUUCUGGCCUUAAAACUCUUCUGUGAAACUUCAAAAAGCGUGAACUCGAUAUGAUAUUCUUCCAAAGAAUUGUUGUAACCCCAACCACUGAAGUCUGGAGAGUGCAAACCCACCAGGAAAGGCAAUACUUGAAGGCAUGCAUGGAAGUUGUAAUGGUUGUCUACAUUUCAGUUCAGUUCCUCAGUUUCUUUAAAAUGUGUUCCUCAGAAGACAGCAUAGCAUCUGGUUAAAGGAAAAGAACCCCCCACCCCAAAUCCAUCUGUUACUACAUCACAUCCUGCAUGUCCUACACCUCACGACCUUUUGUAAAACUGGUCUCUGUGCUGUAGUGAAAAAGCUUUGGUUUUGCAUCAAAGUGGAAAUAAAUCAAAUCACAUUUGGAACCAA